CAUUGCUAAACUCAACCUUAAUCACAAUUUGCAUAACAAAAUCAAGAACUAAAUAAGAAAAUUAACCCAAAAACAGAAAAAUCUACCAACCCUUCUUUCCAAGAAACUAGAAAGAAAAAAAAAACACUCACACAAAGAGAAAAGAUUCCAAAUUUUUUCUUUUUCUUUUCUUAUCACCCACACCCUUUACAACAAGCUAAAUAGAAAGAAAACUAAAGAAAAAAAAAAACCAAACCCAUCUCAUCUUAUCAUCAUCUUCAUUCUUCAACCCACAUUCAAUUGGAAAGGAAAAAAAACCCCAAAUUCAAAUUCAAAUCCAAUUCCAAAACCCUAAUCUUGUGUUUUUCUCCUGCAAAAUCAAGAAACUUCGUUAAAAAAGGAGCUACAUUUUGUACAAGAAAAUGUCCCAGAUGAAGCAAAUGUCUCAUCUUGACCAUAUCCCAUCAACACCAGGCAAAUUCAAGAUGGAAAAAGCUCCAUACCCAUACAACAGAAUCGUCAGAUGGCAUUCUUCGUUGGCUAAACUUACAUUUUGGUCCUUCGUUUUUCUUGGUUUGAUUUUCCUCUUCUUUUAUCGAUCCCCAUCGUCUUCCUCCUCCUCUUCACCCUUCACCAACCCACUCCCGUCGGAUCCAUCCCGCCGCUCUCUCCGGGCAUCAUGGGGCGGGUCAGCCUGGGAGAAACGGGUCAGGUCAUCCGCAAGAGUCCGUUCAAGAAAUGGGAUUACAGUACUUGUAACCGGAGCAGCUGGGUUCGUCGGGACUCAUGUUUCCUCCGCUUUAAAACGCCGCGGCGACGGCGUUUUGGGUCUUGAUAAUUUCAACGAUUAUUACGACCCGUCUCUGAAACGUGCCCGUCAAGCCCUUCUUGAACGGAGCGGGAUUUUCAUUGUUGAAGGUGAUAUAAACGACUCUGCUUUGUUAAAGAAAUUAUUUGAAGUUGUGCCGUUUACUCAUAUUAUGCACUUAGCUGCUCAAGCUGGCGUUAGGUAUGCAAUGGAAAACCCUAGCUCUUAUGUUCAUAGUAAUAUUGCUGGUCUUGUUAGUUUACUAGAAGUCUGUAAGAAUGCUAAUCCACAGCCUGCAAUUGUCUGGGCUUCGUCUAGUUCGGUUUACGGACUUAAUACUAAGGUACCCUUCUCUGAAAAAGAUAGAACUGAUCAGCCUGCUAGUUUAUAUGCUGCUACUAAGAAAGCUGGUGAGGAGAUUGCUCAUACUUAUAACCACAUUUACGGUCUUUCGCUUACUGGGUUGAGAUUCUUCACGGUUUACGGUCCUUGGGGUAGGCCGGAUAUGGCGUAUUUCUUUUUCACUAAGGAUAUUUUGAAAGGGAAGAAUAUACAGAUUUUUGAAGCGGCGAAUCACGGGACGGUUGCUCGGGAUUUUACGUAUAUUGAUGAUAUUGUUAAGGGCUGUUUAGGUGCUUUAGAUACUGCUGAGAAGAGUACUGGGAGUGGAGGGAAGAAGAAGGGGCCGGCUCAGUUGCGGGUUUUCAAUUUGGGGAAUACGUCUCCGGUUCCUGUUUCGGAUCUUGUGAGGAUUUUGGAAAGGCUUUUGAAGGUUAAGGCGAAGAAGAAUGUUAUGAAGUUGCCGAGAAAUGGGGAUGUUCCGUUUACUCAUGCGAAUAUUAGUUCUGCGCAGAGGGAACUCGGGUAUAAACCUACUACUGAUUUGCAGACGGGGUUGAAGAAGUUUGUUCGGUGGUAUGUUAGCUACUAUCACGUAGGAGGGAAAAAGGCGGAUGCACGAUGAAUUUGAUUCUUUCAAUUGUGUGGUAAAAACAUUUCUUGUUCAUUAUGAUUCUUGUGAUUGUUUUUGUUAACAUUUCUAUGAUGGUUCAUUGCCCAAUUUAUUGUCUUUUCCCUAUAUGCUAUAUAAGGAGAGGUACCUCUAUGUCCUAUGUUGAAGGAGAGUGGAUAUUAUUUCCCUAAGCUGUAUCAAAAGAACAACAAUAGCUUAAUUUUUCUUCUAUUUUUGAAAUAUGUAAUUGUUGUAGUUUCGGCGCUGUAGAAUUCGUUACUGGUAGAGCAUAUGCUGAUUGUUGGACAUGUAUCAUUUAUGUGCAACUUCAAUAAAAUCGUACACGUUCAUUUGACA